AUGUGUCUAAUUAAAGAGGAUGGAUUAAUGAAAACGGUAAUUGGAUUAGGAAAGUGUUAUGAAAUGCUUGUUAAAGAGUUUAUUCUGAACAUCUCUAAGGAAUGUGAUAACAAGUGGAGCAAGGAGUUUAGAAAAGUGUAUGUUAGAGGAAGAUGUGUGGAUUUUUCUCCUGAAAUAAUAAAUAGGUUUUUGGGUAGAAAUGAAGAAGAACAAGUUGAAGUAGAAGCAUCUGACAAUGUUAUCUGCAGAGAGAUUACUGCUAAACAAGUAAAGGAAUGGCCUAGGAAAGGGAAGUUGUCUGCAAGUGCCUUGAGUGUGAAGUAUGUUGUACUUCACAGAAUUGGAGUUGCUAAUUGGGUUCCAACCAAUCACACUUCCAACAUUGCUACAGGACUAGCUAAGUAUAUUUAUAUUGUAAGGACCAAGUCAAGUUUUGACUUUGGAUACUAUGUCUUUGAUCAAACUAUGAAGCAUGAUGCCUCUUAUGCUGUGAAGAUGUCAAUAGCUUUUCCCUCAUUGAUAUAUGGUGUUAUUCUGAGUCAAUACCCAAGUAUCUUAAUCAGUUCUAACAGUAUCUGCAAAAGGGACCCUCCUCUCUCGUUACAUUAUAGGUUGUUCACUGGGAAACAUGUUCCAGACAUUGUCUUGACAUCUAGACAAACAUCUUUCAGGCCUACUACUAGAACAUGCAUCCUUGUUGAGCUAAAAGAUACCUGUAAGUCCUUGGAUGAAACUAUCAAAAGUUGUACUGGGAGGAAAAUCAAGAUUGAAAUGUUGAUAAAAGCCUUGUCUAAAGAAGAAGGAAGCUUGAAAGGUGAUGGAACGGGUGAAAAAGAGGCAAAUAAAGAAGAUUCUGAUGCAAGUAAUGAGGACUAA